AAGCCAAGUUGUGGCGUUAGCACAUGAAUUUGCUGACUGUUGAUUCUCCAACAUAAUCCAUCUUCGUGCAUAGUCGUUCUCCAUAUCGGUGAUGCUAUUAUAGUAUUCGUCUUGGCUAUUCCAUCUUGUCCUGUUGAUAUGGUGUAGUAAUUUGGGCCAAGUUCUGCGUUGUUUGUGACUAACUGACCGGUUUUAAUGUUUCAUUCAAGCAUAAAACACACUAUAGCUCUUUUGGAUGAAAUAAAGCUUAGUUGACUCUUUGUCGUUCUCUUAAUUUCCGUAAUGUCAGAUUAUAUCGUUUCAUCUAUUUCAUAAUCGUGGACAGUUAAAGUGACAAUUUUUUCAUUGAUAUGUUAAUUUUUAGCGAAACCACAUAGAUGUAGCAUUUUUACCCCGAACACUUUCAAAUUUAUUAUCUGAUAAGUUUUACAACUAGAAAAAUAUGGUUAUAACGGUACCGUUUUUAGAUGAUGGGAGCGGAAGCAAUAGUAUAGCAAAUAUAAUCAUUUGUCUCGAACUAAAUUCCACUUCUUUCCUCCCGAUGACUCAAGAACAGAAAGAUUGGUUGUUAGCUAUUGUUGACUGUGACCAACCGAAAAUGACAAGAAUGCUUAAUCAACACCCUGAACUAGCCGUAUGGAAGACUAGUAUCAACGGGUAUACUGCACUACAUUAUGCAGCUAAAUAUGGAGAUUGUGCUGCUAUCCGAUUGUUACUUGGAAAUUAUCAUGUUCAAGUUGAUGCUCAGACAUGUGAGGGUAUGACUCCUUUACAUUUGGCCGCUGCCAACGGGAAUGAAGAUGUUAUAAUCUUAUUAACUUCCGUGUACAAAGCUAGAACUGAUAUACGAGAUUUUUGUGGACGGUUACCAAGCGCUUAUCUGCCCAAAGAAAAACACUGGACAACUGAGGAACAGAAUUGCAAAAGUUCAAUACAACCUUCCUUCGACAUACUAACAACCUCAACGAAUUCAAGAUAA